ACGCUUCCGUCUUCCCUUUGUACCUGAGGACAGUGUGCGAAUCUUUAAGUACAUGUUUAAUUAUUGGCCUGUGAAUAUUUUCGGACGAGUUAUGGAUGUAUGGGGCUGACAGCGACUCACAGAGUAGCAAUAUUUUCUACGAACCUACAGCCACUUUCACUUUCUUCCACAAGAGAGUUCAUGGUCUGCUGAGCUUGGACACCAGCGUUUUUCAACAAUGGGAUAUGUUCAGAAGACAAAGAGUGUUUUGAAAUGUGUGCUUUGUAUCCCUAUUACGCUCUGUGCUUUCUACUUUUUAUCUCCGUCUUUGAGACUUUUAAUAGGCUACCUUCCUAUGGACAAAUGCUCUUUGGAAAGUGCAAAGAUGCUGUCUCUGGAUAACAGUGUGGACGCCAGCCUCGACCUUUGGUCCAGACCUGAUGUGCAAACGUGUACAUCUUGGAAAGCUCCCAUCAUCUGGGAAGGGAUGUUUAACCCUGACCUUUACGAUCAGAUGCACAAGAUUGAAGAAUCCUAUGUGGCUCUUACAGUGUUUGCCGUGGGCAGGUACCUGGAUGCUUACCUUAAGAACUUCCUGAACUCAUCAGAGCAUCACUUUAUGUUGGGUUUGCCCGUAACGUAUUAUGUGUUUACGGACGUGCCAGAAAAGGUGCCAGACAUCAAGCUUCGUCCUCAGCGAAGCAUUAAGGUUAUCAAAGUAGAGAAGAGCUCCAGGUGGCAGGAUAUCUCUAUGAUGCGAAUGAAGACCAUAUCCGAUGUCAUAGAGUCGGAUAUUCGCCACCACUGCACGCACGUCUUCUGCUUCGACGUGGAUCAGGUAUUCACUGGGAGAUUUGGCUCGGAGGCUCUGGGAGAUUCUGUGGCUCUGCUCCACGCCCACUACUACCACCUUCCACAGAAGUUGUUUACCUACGAUCGAAACCCAAAGUCCAAGGCAUACAUGCAAACUGGGGAUUUCUACUACCACGCUGCCAUCUUUGGAGGCUCAUGGAAGAGUGUAAAAGCGUUGACUGAGGCCUGCUAUCAGAGCAUCCUGGAGGAUAAACAGAAUAAUGUGGAGGCUCUGUGGCACGAUGAAAGCCAUCUCAACAAGUACCUGUGGCUUCACAAACCAAGCAAGGUGCUCUCACCGGAGUACUGCUGGGACACCAGUAUCGGCUACAGGAGUGACAUACGAGUCACACGACUACUGUGGGCACCAAAACAUUACGAUACACUUCGCACACCUUAGUGUGUUUUAGACUUAAUUGCAAAAUCACCUCCUAUAUUUAAUAAAUGACAUUCAAAACUAUCUGACAAACAUUAUGCUCUCAGGUUCCCAUGCUCCCUGGCUCUUUGUUCUCUCAGGGGAUUUAUUUGCAUACCUACAAGUGUGGCUAUCCUUUUGGUGUGUGUGUGUGUGUGUGUGUGUGUGUGUGUGUGUGUGUGUGUGUGUGUGUGUGUGUGCGUGUGUGCGUGUGUGCGUGUGUGCGUGUGUGCGUGUGUGCGUGCGUGCGUGCGUGCGUGCGUGCGUGCGUGCGUGCACAUUUAGUGUCAGUUUGUUUCCCAAUUCCUACUUUUUUGAUGGAUAAUUCUUGAAUUGACCCUAAAGUUGCAGUGGAAUAAAUCAUUCAUUUUAACAGGUUGUUUUGCCUAUGAAUUGCAGAUAAAUCAUAAGCCCGUCCCGCUUUCCUAUUCAGGAAAGCAAUUUGCUGUUCUUUGUUAUCUGUAUCUAGUGUUGGUGUCAAAAUUAAGAAUGUAAGAAUCUUUCAAAGAGAAAUAUAAUAUCACAAAGCA